AUGGGCUGUCGGAUCUCACUACCAUUGUCCGCGGCGAUCCCCGUCUCAUAUGUGCUGCUUCUAUAUGUAUUCGAUCAUGGGGGAAUAGACCGAAAUGAUGCGAAAUCGGUCAGAAAACGAUUUGUUGCCGCCCUUGUCAAUAACGUCCUCUCGCUUGGAAUCACUUACCAUGUAUUGUCUCAAACAACAGAAGAACCAUUGAGGUUAAUGGGCAUUCGACAAGAGGGAUUACUCGCCGCUGCAUUGAUACCAACAGGAUUGCUAGGUCUUCUCUACUCUGGACAAUUCUUAAUGAUGUAUUACGAUGGAUAUCUUCAACAGCUCUUCAGCUACACCGCGUUGAGGAAUUCUCUCCAGCAGUGGACUUGGCUUCGUGAUGUGAUUGUAGCUCCGGUAACAGAAGAAAUUGCAUUUCGUGGUUGUGCCGCAGCUUUGAUGAGCACUUGUUUGAGUCCAGUACAAACGAUAUUUAUUGCCCCUUUGAGUUUUUCGCUCUCUCAUCUUCAUCAUAUCGGAGAUGAUCUACGAAAAGGCGCACCUCUAAAAGUCGCCCUAAUGAAGAGAAUUUUCCAAAGUGGGUACACUUAUAUUUUCGGAGCUUAUGCGACAUUCCUCUUUUUGCGAACAGGUCACCUUGUAGCGCCUAUCAUCACUCAUUCAUUAUGCAACAACCUUGGGUUGCCUUUGCUACAAGAGAUUGGUAACUACAAACAUCGCUAUCAAAGGGUUUCACUCUGGAUUGCGUACGUGUUCGGAUUUGUUGGAUUUGCUGUUCUAGUCGAUAAGUGCACUACUCCAACAUUUUGCGUUUACGCUCAUAUCAAUGUUCAUAUC